AUGUCAACAUUAAAGAAUAAAAAGCUAAUACAAAUAGAAGGGGAGAUUGAAAAAGCAAGACAAGAUAAAAAUUGGAAUGCUUUAACCGAUUUAAUUAGAAAAUAUAAUAAAUUAAAUACAGAUAAUACAGUACCACUUGAAUUAUUAAUAAAUAGUGAGAAAUAUUUAACAGAAUUUGAUUAUAACAAUGCAUUGGCAACAUUGAAUAAAGCAUAUAAUAUAGCACCAAAUAAUUCAGAAGUACUUUCAUAUUUAGGUAUUGUUGAAUAUGAAAGAAAUGAUAUAGUUAAAGCAUUAUCAUAUCUUAAUCGUUUAAAUAAUCCAUAUGGUAAUAAUGAAAAUGGUAAUGGUAAUGGUAAUGGUAGUGGUAAUGAUAUGAUUUUAAAUAAUCGUAAAGUUGGUUUAUUAAUUCAAGCAUUUACAAUCAAAGGUAAAUGUUAUGAAAAUCAAGGUAAUCAACAAGAUGCAAUCACAAGUUAUCAAAAUGUUUAUCAAAUCACUUUUAAAUAUUUUAAAAAUUUUAAAACAAUUGAUAAACAAACUAAAUUAUAUAUUGAAGAUUCUUUAAUUAGAUUUGCUGUAAUUCAAAAACAAUUUGGUAUUCAAAUUAGUAUUAAACAUUUAAGAAGUUGUUUAUCAUCACAAAUUGGAUUAAGUAAAGAUACAUUUAGAGUAUCAUUAACAAUAUUAGCACAUUUAUUAUUAAGAAAUGUAUGUUCAGCAUCAUAUAUACCAACUACUUUAGAUUCUUCAAGUGAUAAUACAAAUACAACAACUUCAAAUAGUAAACAUCAACAACAACAAUUAUUUUAUGUACCAAGUGAUGAAACUGAGGAAUCAAUAUUAGCAUUACUUUAUGCUGAAACUGUUUUAUCAGCACAACAACAACAAAUACAACAACAACAGCAACAACAACAUCAUUUACAAUAUUUAAUACCACCAUCAUCAAAUACAAAUGCUACUACUACUAAUAAUACACCAAUUGCAGCUGCAAGUACUUCAUCAUUAGCAUCAUCACCUCAAGCAUUUACUAAUGGUACAAAUGGUAAUGGAAAUUCUUCUUCACCAUCAGUUAAUACAACAACAACAGCAACAUCAAAUAUAAAUUUAGAAUCAACAACACAUUUAAAUCAUCAUUUAAAUGGACAUAAUCAUAAUUUAUUUGAAGAACAAGAUCCAACAUUAAUUUAUGAAGAUAUUUGUUUAGCAUAUUGUAGAAAGGAACAAUAUUAUCCAGUGGUUGAAAAUUAUGAGAAAUCUUUAGCACUCAAUUUCUCUGAUCAACAUAAAUGGAUUCAAUUGGCAUUGGCACUUUAUUCUUCUGGUAAAUAUAAAAGAUCUUUAUUUAUCGUUGAAGAAUGUCUAUCAAAAACUCCAAAAAAUAUAACCCUAUUAUUAUUAGCUUCAAAAAUUUGUAUAAAUCAUUUAAAUCAAAUAACAAAAGCAGUAUUAUUUGCAAAACAAGCAGUAUCAUUUAUUGAUUCAGAUGAUACAGCAUCAUUAUGUAAAGCAUAUUUAUUAAUGGGUAUUGCAUAUGGAAAGAAAGCAAUUGAAUGUAAAUCAUCACAUGAAAAGAAUCAAAAUUUAGAAUUGGCUUUAAUAUCUUUAAAGAAAUCUUAUGAUAUUGAUCCAUAUGAUUAUAGAAAUAGUUAUCAUUUAGCUUUAAUUUAUGCUGAUUCUAGAGAUACACCAAUGGCAUUAAAAUACAUUCACGAAUCAUUAGAAUUAAAUCCAUAUGAACCAUCAUUAUGGAGUUGUUUAGCAUUAUUGUUAUCAUCAAAUAAGAAUUAUGAAUUAGCAUAUAGAACUUGUAAUCAUGCAUUAUCACAAUCACCAACUAAUGUUGAAUUAUUAUUAAUUAAAGCAAAACUUGAACUUGCAUUAGAUGAUGGUACUCAAGCUUUAAUAACUUAUAAAACAAUUUUCUCACAUUUAGUUUCAAAAACUUUAACUUCAAAUGAAGAUAUUGAUGAUUCAGUUAGUUUAUCAAGAAAUAGACAAUCUGGACCAAGUAGUGUUGUAUCAUUUGAUUUAAGAUCAGGUACAACAGCUGGUGAUAGUAGAUCACAUAGAUCUUAUUCAAUUAAUAAUGCAGAGAUGGAUUCAGCAAUGAGAGACUUUGAAGAUAGUCCUACAAGUCCAAAAGAUUUAUUAAGAACUACAACAAAUAGUAGUAGUAGUGGAGUAAAUGGCGGUAAUAGUGGUGGUGGUGGCAGUAGUGGUGGUCAUUGUUUAUCAAGUAAAGAAGUUCAUAGAAAUAUUGCAUUAUGGUUAUCAUUAGCAGAAGCAUUCACUCAACAACGUAUGUUUAAAGAUGCGGCUCAAUGUUUAGCACAAGCUGAAUCAAUCGAUAAUGAUUCAGCCGAUGUUUAUUAUCAUCAAGGUUAUCUAUUGGAAACUCAAGAUUUAAUGGGAAAAGCAAUUGCAAACUAUCAUAAAGCUUUAACUAUUGAUUCAACUCAUACAAAUAGUUCAAUUCGUUUAGCUCUUUAUUACUUUAGAGAGAAUGAUUUAUUAUUAGCUGAAAAUAAUCUCACUACAAUCUUACGUUCUAGUGAUCCAACUUCACAUCAAGCUUGGUUUCAAUUAGGUUUAGUUUUAAAAGCUAAAGGUGAAAUCGAACGUUCCUCUGAUUGUUUUAAAAAGGCAAUCGAAUUGGAUAGUACUUCUCCUUUAAUUCCAUACAGUCAAAUCUCAAGAUUUGUAUUCUAA